GCUAAAGAGGAAAUGAUGGACAAUAGAAGCUACUCCAAUCUGCCAGACAAACUGCCUGUCUCCUCUGAUUCCACCCACUUGCCACUGACCAGGUCCUUCUAUCGGGACCCCAUGAUCAUGUUCCACCUGUACCCUGAGGGCCCGGUGCCAUCUCCUUACUCUGAAGACCUGCCAUUGCUGCCUUUUUCCAGUGACUCUCUGAUCAUGGAAGAUUGGGAACCCUGCGCCUUCUCCUUCCCAAUGCCUUAUCCAAAUUACAGAAGGUGUGAAGACUCCUACAGGCCAGCCUUUAUCCAGAAAAGGAAUGAGCGGGAAAGGCAGCGGGUGAAAUGUGUCAAUGAGGGCUAUGCCCAGCUCCGACAUCAUCUGCCAGAGGAGUACGUGGAGAAACGACUCAGCAAAGUGGAAACCCUCAGAGCCGCAACCAAGUACAUUAAUUACCUGCAGUCCCUGCUGUACCCUGAUGAGGCUGAGGCCAAGAAUAGCCCCAGGAAAGAUCCCUCCAUGAUGGCAGCCACCAACCGCCACACUGACCCCAUUUUCAGAAUCAUUUGAUUCCGUGUUUCUAAAUAGAAACAAAUAAUCUCACAAAA